UCCACACGGCACUCAAACAUCACUUAGCAUUCAUGAUUCAGCAUUAGAACGCAGAAUAUCAGAAAUCAUUUCGAGUGGCCAGUUGUGAUCAGUCGCAUUUGAUCAACAGCGAGUAACACCACGAUCCAUUUCUUCGCAACCGGUGUCUCAUACUAAUCCAAAAUGACCGUGAAGGGGGUUUGCGUUCUGAACGGAGAAGUCAAGGGCACCUUAUUCUUCGAACAGGCUGGAGAUUCUAGCCCCGUCAAAGUCACCGGAGAAGUGACCGGUUUGAAACCUGGACUUCACGGCUUCCACAUUCACGAGUUCGGCGACAACACCAAUGGGUGCACCAGUGCUGGACCACACUUCAAUCCAUUGGGUAAGGAACACGGAGCUCCAACUGCCGAAAUCCGUCAUGUUGGUGACUUAGGAAACAUCGAGGCUGGAAAGGAUGGAGUUGCCAAGGUCAACAUAACAGACAAGCUGAUUCAGCUGCAGGGACCGCACAACAUACUUGGCAGAACAGUUGUGGUCCACGCAGAUCCCGAUGACUUGGGCCUGGGUGGGCACGAGCUGUCCAAAACAACUGGAAAUGCGGGAGGUCGUUUGGCUUGCGGUGUUAUUGGUAUCACAAAGGCCUGACUGCGCAAUAAAAUGUGAAAAGUUGUCACAAAUAUAUCAACACUGACAGUUUAUUCUUACUUUUACGUUUAUUAUUAUGAUUAUUAUUAAUACUGGUCUCUUGAACUUUCCAAAAGUUACUCGUCAUUCCCUGUAUGUACUAUUAGCAUAGUCACAUUGUUCUGAAAAAGAAACCACCAACUAUCUCGCUGAGCCUUGUGCCAGCGAUAUAUAUGUGUAAUAAAAUUUUCAAAAAUAA